AUGUCUCAACAACCGGAUUCCUCCUCUCCCAAGAAGUUGUCCCCCAUCUCUGAACCUGAAUCUGUCUCAAGGGCUGAACCUGUCAACCCUAACCAGGUGAAGAAGCCUCGUACUCCACAUGCAAGAAUACCCAAAGAAACUAUUUCUGUCAUUAGGAUCUUGGAUGAAAAACAUAAGGUUCUUGGGACAUCCAUCCCUCUAAACACUGUGAUUCCUGAACCCCAUUUGAACAAAGAACCUGAUGUCCCUCAAGAUGUGGAAACAACGGAAGAUUCCUUAGGAAAGAAGGAUGAUGAUGUUCCAAUUGGUGUUGAUGAUGUCCCAAUUGAUGAUGAUGAUGUACAACAUGCUUAUGUUGUGCACAAUGAUGGUGAAAAUGUUGAUGUUACUCAGGAGGUUAAUGACAAUGCUGAAACUGGCACUGAUAUUGAAAAAGGGAAGAAGGCAGUUGUCCAAAGUACUCCCAAGAGGAAAGCUGUUCCUAAAAGUACUUCUGUUGGACCCACAAAAUCUUGGAGUAAGGUGGUUCCCAAGAAAAUAAAAGCCAGAGUAAUUGCUGACUCUGACUCUGAUGUUGCUAGUGAUGUCCCUGACAUCCCUCCCAAGAAGAAGCCUACUUCUAGCAAGCUUGUUGUUAGAGUCCCUGAUGUGCCCAUAGACAACAUUUCCUUCCAUUCUACUUCAAGUGUCAACAGGUGGAAAUAUGUCUACCAAAAGAGACUGGCCCUUGAGAGAGAAUUAGCUCAGAAUGAUCUUGAAUACAAAGAGAUAAUGGAGUUGAUUCAUGAUGCUGGGUUGAUGAAGAUUGUUGCUCAUUUUGCAACAUGCUAUGAAGUGCUGGUGAAAGAGUUUAUUGUGAACCUGUCAGAAGAGUGUACUGAUAGAAAGUCUAAGGAGUUUAAGAAGGUAUAUGUGAGGGGCAUGUGUGUUACUUUUUCCUCCACUAUGAUCAAUAACUAUUUGGGGAGGUCUGAUGAAGCUCAACCUGAGCUGGAAGUAUCUGAUAACAAGGUGUGCCAAGUUAUCACUGCCAACCAGGUCAAGAGUUGGCCCUUAAAGGGGAAGCUGUCUGCUAGUAAGCUAAGCAUGAAGUAUGCCAUGUUACAUAAGAUUGGUGCUACAAAUUGGGUGCCUACCAAUCACAAAUCUACCAUUGCUACUGUUCUAGGAAGGUUUAUCUAUGUUGUUGGUACAAAAGCCAAGUUUGAUUAUGAAAGCAUUCCUAUAGGUAAAGCUGCAGUGAUUGCUAUGCUCAGGGAAAUAUGCAAGGAACUGGAGACCAGAAAGUUGACCCUUGAAAAGUUGAUCUGCUCUCUUGAGAUGGAAGAAGGUGUUGAUUUUGCUGAGAAUGAAGAGGAAGUUGGUCCUGAGGAAGGAGAUGAACAAGAAGAUGGUUCUGGUGAUGAUGAACAGGAAGCUGGUUCAGAUGAAAAGGAAGAAGCAGCUGCUAGUCCUACGGAUGGCACUAAUGAAGACAAGGAUGGUGAUGAAGACAACUCAGAGUUUGCUGACUAG